AUGUGCCUCUACACAGCAACCCACUACCCGACCUGCCAACACACGGAAUUCGAGCUGCACGUGUUCUGCCGUGCUGUCCUGGACGAGCUGAACCGGAUCAAUGACCCCGUGGAGCGCGAGAAGUGGGAUAUUCCGUUUGAUCCGCCGGAUUGUUUGCCGAGUGGUGGAGGGGAUGGUGGAGACGGCGAUGAUAAGAACGAUGGGGAUUGGGUUAACGAGAGUGAUGAUGAAGAUGAUGAUGACGAUAAAGAAGAGGGCGAAGAUGAAGGUGAAGAAGGUGAAGAGGAAAACGAAGCUGAAGACGAAGAGAUGGAAGAGAGUGAUGUGGACGAGGAACUUUGGUAA